AUGUCAUCAACGGAAAACAACAAACAACCAGAACCAACGAAAGAAGAAGAUGAAAAAGUUAUAAAAACAUUAGAAGAAGACGAUGAAUUUGAAGAUUUUCCAGAAGAUGAUAAACAAUGGACUACAGAUGUUAAACUCAAGGAAGAAAACUUAUGGGAAGAAGAUUGGGAUGAUGAUGAUAAUCAAGAUCAAUUUUCCUUAAAAUUAAAAGAAGAAAUUUUAAAAACUCAAAAAUCUGCUGCUAAUGCUGCUUCUAAAUAA